CAACUCGAGAGCGAAAUACAAAAUCCACGAAACAAUUCUACUUAUCUAAAAAGAUAAUUGCAAUAUUUCAGAGGACAAAUUAAUGCUUAGUGUUAAAGAACGAUUAUGGCAUUGUCACUGACAACCCCUCGAUCUGCCCUGCGCACGAUCAAUGACUCCAAUGUUCCACUCAAGAACAUCCAAGCACUGAAGGGAGGCAAUACUUCUCUGAAGAAUUCCGAAUUCCAGAAGCCACUUGCUUCAGCUAAUCCAUUCAAGACUUUUGGUGAUCUGACUAAGUCAUUACCUGACUGUUCGAAGUCUAAGCUAAAAAUACAUGUGGACCCAGCCCCUUCCCGUGUGAAGACCAAGGAGGAGGUGAAGGUCAUCACCAGGGCACCAGAACCCCUGCCAGAAAUAGAGACUUUACAUGUCUUCAACCCAGAUGCUGAGAUCAAGCCAAUGGUAGAGGAGGUGGGUGAAAGUCUGCUGCGGAAGAUCCGUCGCUGGGGGAUGCCGUGUCUUGCUGCACGGGGCGACCUAGAUUCUGGGGACGAGGAUGAUGAUGUUGUGGAUGUGAAAAACUUUGAUCCAGAUAUGGAGCAGCUGGACAGGCUGGAUGCUCUGGACCCAUUUAUGAUGGUUGGUGAUUCAGACUUUGACCGCGUCCCAGAGGCAGAAAUCUCGCUCCCCUCUAUGGACGAGAUCCCCGGUAUCGAGGACCUGCCCCUUCCCUACCUGGAUGACUCCAUAGACAUAGAACCCAACAUGGGCACCCUUGAGGUGUGGGGUAGCUUUAACUCCCUAGAUCACUCACCAGCGGGGAAGGGCGCCCGGGGGUCAGAGAGUGAUCGAAGUAUGAAUGAUAGUUCCAUGUCUCCAUAGAGUGGUUCACUGAAGUGAUUGUUAAGACUGUGCAGGUGGUGUUUAUAAUAAGUGUGUCAUUGAUCUGACAAGUUGUGCCUGCACAAAUGUACAGUGUAAAGUUUGACUAUGACUGGCAAUAUAUGCAAGUUCAACAUGUACAUGUGGUAUGUAAAUAGGCAUGAAACAACUCAGCUUUAGCUUGAAAUGUCUUCCAGUGUUGUGUAUAUUAGAAUCAUAGGCUUAAUAUUAGUAUGGCUUAUGCAGUUUUGUAAACAUGUUUGCCUCUGGUCUCGCAUUGAAACAUCUCGUUCAGUCUAGGUUUUUAAGAUUAUCCUGACGGUGUAGUUCACAAACUAUGUCAAUUUGUCAAAUAUCAUCUAAGCUACAUGUUUAAUACAAUCUCAUUAAAAUAAUAUCGUGACAUUCACUUCAUUUCAUUACGGUUUGUAUGUCGUAAAGCGAGUAUAAUAGUAUUAGAGAUCUGAGUUUAAUGAGAUUGAAUAUUACACUCAAUCGCUCAUGAUAUUCAGUUUGACAGGAAAAAAGUAUGUAUAUUAAAUUAGAUUUUUAUGAAUUUCAUUUAUAUAGUGAUACAAAUAUAGACAGGAAUUGUCAGUGCACAUAACAUUAUCAUAUUAAUGUCAUUCUUGCCCUUUCUCUAAGUUUGGAAAAUACUGGUACACUAACAUAAUUUUUUCCAAAACAGAUUGCAUGUACACAAGGCUGUUUUUGCACUGUAAGGGAAUAUGGCUGGGGUCUUUCCAAUGGAGAAUAUUGCCAAAAAAAGGGAAUUUUGAAAGCACGCAGUAUAACUUAUUUAUAUGAUAUUAAAAAAAAAAUCUUCAUAAAAAGGAGGGGAAAUAUUUGCACACACAAAAAUAUGGGAAAAAUAUAUGAUUUUUUAGGUGGGAAACGGGGUCAAAAUUCAGUUUGAAAUCAGUAAAAAGAAACCCCUGGUUUAUGUACAUGAUGAAAUGGCAUUAAAAUAAUUCUGUAAAUAGUUCUUAUAUUUUAUUAUAGAUAACUUGAUUUUUACAUUUUACAUAAUUACGUUGUUUUUUUUUCACCUUAUCUUAAAAAUAGUUAAAGGUUGUUAAUAUAUACUUAGAUGCGACAGGGUAAAUACAUACUAACAACCUUUUGCUUUUUUAGUGGUCUCCAUACUAUUGUUUAAACUUCCUAAUAAGUGGAACAGCCACUGUUUAUAUCUAUUGCUUCACCUGAUUGAAAUCAAUAAGUGACUGUUGAUUUACUGAAAAAAGGUGGUGGCAAUCUUGAAGUAUACUGCCUUCUCAUUGGACAAAAAAAUAUGUAGACCACUAAGUUUAUAACUUUAUUCAAAAAUAUGCACGGUAUUGCUAUAUAUAAGUUAAAAAAAACAAUGUGCCCAUUUGAUUUGCAUUAGAAUGAUUGAUUGAAAUUCAAUGCAACAUUUAUUUAUUCUGACAUGAUGUAAAAAAAUGAGCAUGAAAUACUUCUUUGUCUGGAUAGACCAUAGAUGGUUAUGAUUUAAUGAUAUUACGAGAUUUGCUAUUAAUAUUAAUUUAUUAUUCAUGAGAAAAUGAGUCAUGUGUAGUCAGUCAUGUUAUUGAGAAUAAUCAAUAUUUAUCCAUGUGAUGAGAUCAACAGCUGGUGCCAUAUUAAUUUAUCAUCUAAGUGGUAGAAAAAAUAAUUCUAAGUUGAAUUUGAAGAAAACUUACAAUGUUUUUACACCAAAAAUAUGAAAUUGGCAAGAAGAAAUGUCCUAAAAAUAAAGACAUACAAUUACAGUUGAUGAAAAUGGAGGGUAUUUAAAAUAUGCGGAAAAAAAUUCACUAAAUUGAAAAUGUUUAUGUUAAUUAAGAAGCGUUAUGAAUACAAUCCCUAGUCACAAUUGAUUAAUGCUUCUGAUGCUGCACAAAAAAUGCAAAUUAGCAUGUUUAUUGUCACUUCCUCCGCAUUUGAAAUAAUAAUAACAGACAACCACAUUUUGAAAAUAUAAUUCACAGAAUAUUUCAAUAUAUAAAUCUUUUUUUUCAGUUGUGAUCUAAAAUUAUUCAUGAAACUUUUUAUUUGUUCAUUACACCAGUCAGCUUAUUGGCAUUGUAAAAACUUGUGUUACUGUCAACAUAAAUCAUUAAUAUGAUUUUUUUUUAAAUUUUAUUCAGCUCAUUAAACUUCAAAGAAAAUAUUUCCAUAGACUUUAAAAAUUGAAGAUAUGAAUAAGUGUUAUAUUUAUUCAUAAUCUUAAGUUCUGCAUUGUUGCACUUGUCAUAUCUAUAAAAUAUUUUUUAAUGGUGAACCAUUUAUGUUUAUUUGCUUAAAUGAAUAGUGUUGAUUCAGAGUCAAAAAAAUAGUGUUUGAUUUAGCUUAUACUGAUGUGGUUUGUCUGUGGUUUUCCAUUGAUCCAACAGCUUAUGUGACUACAAAAAGAUAAUAACAAAUAAUUAUUUUAAAACAUUCUAAAUGGUUGCUUUUUGUUGUCAAUUUUACUGUUUUUAGUACUGUCAUUGGAGUUUGUUUCAAAUUUAAAUCCAGGUGUUACAAAGUUUUGCUUGUGUGGCAGGUUGCUUAGCCUCUCAAACUCCUGGCCAAAAUGGUUAUCCCUUCAGCUGCGAGGUCAAUCACACAUCUGAGUGUCCAAACAUUUAUAUAAAAGUGAAAUUAGAAUGUUUAGUCAACAUUGGCAGCUAGAGUAUGCUUCUAUAAGUGCUGCUCAUUCUCUCACUGUAGAUACAUGCACAUGUAAAUAUUGUAAAUAAAACAUGUACAGUGUAAAGAUUUUGAUAUUUUUUUCAUUUUCAUAUGUAUUCAUUAACAUGUGUUCAUUUUCAUAUGGGUUCAUAUUCAUAUGGGUUCAUGUUCAUGUGUUCAUUUUCAUGUGUUCAUUUGUAUGUGUACAUUUUCAUGUGUUCAUUUACAUGUGUUUAUUCACAUAUAUGUUCAUUUUCAUGUGUUCAUUCGCAUAUAUGUUUAUUUACAUGUGUUCAUUUGCAUAUAUGUUCAUUUUCAUAUGUGUUCAUUAACACAUUUGUUCAUUUUCAUGUGUUCAUUUUCAUAUGUGUUCACUUUCAUGUGUUCAUUUCCAUAUGUGUUCAUUUGCAUGUGUAUAUUUACAUAUGUUCAUUUUCAUGAGUUCAUUUACAUGUGUACAUUCGCAUAAAUGUUCAUUUACAUGUGUUCAUUCGCAUAUAUGUUCAUUUUCAUGUGUUCAUUUUCAUAUGUGUUCAUUUGCAUGUGUACAUUUUCAUGUGUUUAUUUACAUGUGUUCAUUCGCAUAUUUGUUCAUUUU